CCCCAUCCUAUAACACCAAUCCUUUAUCUAUCCCCGCUUCUACAUAUCUAUCCCGCGAACUGCCACACCGGCUUUCGCAGGUCUAUCCCCUUCCUUCUUCUCUUCGCCUUCGUUCUUUACUAGGCUUUCAAAGCAAUGAGCCUGACGAUUGCCGAUAGACUCAACGCCCUCGUGGCCGACUCCUUCGUUGGAAGAUGGUUCUCUUUAGAGGGAUCAGGCGCUAAGAAGGAGCGCGAGGGUUCUCGCUUCAUCACCGAGAUUCGUGCUGGACUCACGACAUGGGCCGCUAUGGCGUACAUCAUCUCCGUCAACGCCUCCAUCCUGGCCGACUCCGGAGGAACUUGCGAGUGCCCAACAAAUGACGGAUGCACAACCGACGAUACCUACACCGCUUGCCUUACAGAACUUCAGCGCGACCUCAUCACCACCACUGCGGCUGUCUCUGCACUCGCAUCGGGUCUCAUGGGUUUACUUGCGAACUUGCCAGUGGGCAUGGCACCUGGGCUGGGCUUGAACGCUUAUUUCGCCUACUCCAUCGUCGGUUUCCACGGUACCGGCGGUAUUAUUUCCUAUCGCGAAGCCCUCGCCGCCACUUUUAUGGAGGGCUGGAUCUUCCUUAUUCUCUCUAUUCUCGGUCUUCGUCAAUGGCUCGCCCGCAUCAUGCCCCAGUCGCUCGUCAUGGCAGUCGGUACUGGUAUCGGUGUUUACAUUGCCUUUAUUGGUCUUGGCUCCGGAGGUCUCUUUGUUGUCGGUGGCGACACGACGAACUUGGUCGGCCUCGGUGGUUGCACGUCAGAUAACUACGAGACUGACCUCGACUACUACUGUGCGGGUGGCGUCAUGCGUCUGCCCACGAUGUGGCUCGGUAUCUUCAUCGGCGGUUUCCUUACUACCUUCCUCAUGAUGUACCGCGUGAAGGGCGCCAUCCUCAUCGGCAUCUUCCUCACCUCCAUCAUCUCCUGGCCUCGUCCCACCUCCGUCACCGCCUUCCCCCAUACCGAUGCCGGCGACGAAGCCUUCGACUUUUUCAAACAGGUCGUCGCCUGGCGUCCUCUCAAACUCAUCGGCGGUGCCAUCGACUUCGACUACUCUAACGGCAGGGUGUGGUACGCUCUCAUCACGAUGUUGUAUGUCGAUAUCUUGGACACCACGGGAACCUUGUACUCUAUGGCGAAGUUCGCCGGAUUGAGGGACCCGGUUACGAUGGAUUUCGAGAGGAGCACGGUUGCGUAUUGCGUUGAUGCGUUCUCGAUCUCUAUGGGUGCUUUGAUGGGCACGAGUCCCGUUACGGCGUUCAUCGAGAGUGCGACGGGUAUCUCUGAGGGUGGAAAGACCGGUAUCACAGCCGUCACCACCGGUUUCAUGUUCUUCAUCUCCGUCUUCUUCGCUCCCAUCUUCGCCUCUAUCCCUGCUUGGGCCACCGGUGGCGCUCUGGUCAUCGUCGGCACGCUCAUGAUCCGUAACGUGCGCGAUAUCAACUGGGACUACAUUGGUGACGCCGUACCCGCGUUCUUGACCAUCAUCGUCAUCCCGUUGACCUACAACAUCGCAUACGGUGUCAUCGCCGGCAUCAUCUCCUAUAUCCUCCUCAACGGCCUCCCAUGGCUCAUCCGCAAAGCCUCAAACGACCGCAUUCUUCCCGCUAACUACGGUUCCGCCGAGCCAUGGGUCAUCCCUCCAGGCGGCAUCGUACCCAUCUGGAUGAAGACCGUGCACGCGCGUAUCACUGGCCGUGGUGAGCUUCAACAUCACGAGCACGCGAUGGAGGAGAGGGAUAUGAAUAGCCUGGAGAGGGUUGACACGAGCAGUCAGGAUCAGGACCAUGUGUUGGGGAGGAAGAUUGAUAUGGUGGAGCCGGAGGAGAAGAGGCUGUAGAGUGUUCGGGUGUUGUUGAUAGGGCUGUAGAGCGUUUGUGGAUCUGAGUAUUUGUUCGCGUACUUGUUUGUUAGUUAGUUUGUUUCGAUUCGGCCGUGUCGUUGUUCAUCUACCCACCUCUACUCAUCUGCUUCCAUCUACAUACUUCCCGCUCAUCCCUGCUUCUUUAUUCCUCUUCACUUCAUCUUACACUUGUUUUACUUUUCUCUUUCGCAUUCGCCCACCUUCUUGUGCCAUUCCAUAUCGUGUAUUCGGGGUUCAAGUUCACUGUAGUCAGUCGGCGUAGACGAGUCAUUCGAAGAUCGAUCGUCAAAGGCGGAAAAGGAUCCAUGUUACAUAUGCACUUUAUCGUACAUAGUAUUCACACCAUCCACCAGUUUCUGUUUCUACGGAUUCGCGCUCCCUUGACCGUCGUUCGUUCAUUUUCUCAAGUUUACACGUCUGCGUUUGCUCCUGUCAAGCGUACAGUAUCUUGCCUCUUGAGUCACGAUGCUUAUACCCACCGUUGACUCCAUCUAUCUGUGUGCUUCGAGUCCUGCCGUUUCACAGACUAUUGCUAAAAUUGUGUACAUGUACGUGCUCUUGUACAUAGAGACUAUACUUGUUUCUUUGUGUACGUGUUUGUGCUUGUUG